AUGGACCAACAAAACAUGAUGGAAAUGAAUAUUUCCAUGCUGAUUGGCAUGGUACGAAUGCUUCUAUACAUCAUCCAAGAACAGAAUGGAACAAUCAAAGCCCUAACGCGGCGAGCCCAGGAUCUCGCAAGUCAGGCGUACGCCAUGAGGUCAGAGAUUGCCCAGCUCCGAGCUGGGAUCGUCCCCGGCUUGGAUGCUGGGAGUGAGGCUGUGGAGGAGGGGCCUGAGACCCUAGACAUACUCCUCCACGGUCUCGAUGUUACCUACCAGCUCCCAGGAGAUAGAGAGGCACCGGAGGACCAACAGCAAUAG